AUGGAGGACCAAGUACAUAAGCCUCAUCGCAAGGCGAAGGAUAAGAAGAACAAGCAGCACACUGGGGAGAAGAACCCAAAGGCCUUUGCCUUCUCCAACCCCGGAAAGCUUGCUAGGUCCGCCGCGAGAUCUUCAGAUAUCAAAGAAAGACGCUUCCAUGUUCCUCAAGUCGACCGCCUCCCCGACGAGCCGCCCCCGAGGCUGGUCACCAUCGUCGGACCUCCUGGCGUCGGCAAGACGACCCUUCUCAAGUCUCUAAUCAGACGAUAUGCAAAGGAGACGUUGUCUGAUCCUCAAGGACCCAUCACUGUUGUCACCUCCAAGAAGCAGCGAUUGACCUUCGUUGAGUGUCCCAACGAGCUCGAGGCGAUGGUUGACAUGGCUAAGAUCGCAGACAUUGUUCUGCUAAUGAUCGACGGCAAUUACGGCUUUGAGAUGGAGACAAUGGAAUUUCUCAACAUACUUGCUGCUACUGGUAUGCCCGGCAACGUCUUCGGUAUCCUUACGCAUCUCGAUCUGUUCCGGAAACCCCAGGCCCUCAAGGAUGCGAAGAAGCGGCUCAAGAGGAGGUUGUGGAGCGAGCUCUACCAGGGUGCACACCUCUUUUACCUCUCUGGAGUCAUGAACGGUCGCUAUCCUGACCGUGAAGUCCACAACCUAUCGCGCUUCCUGUCCGUGAUGAAGAACCCUCGACCCUUGAUUUGGCGCAACUCGCACCCGUAUACCAUCAUCGACAGCUACCGAGACAUUACCCACCCCACAAAAAUCGAGGAGGACCCCAAGUGUGACCGUUCCGUUGUGUUGUCGGGAUACCUGCGCGGCACCAACUUUGCCUCCCAAGGACAGAGGAUCCAUGUCCCAGGUCUUGGCGAUUUCACCGUGGCAAACCUGGAAGUCCUCCCGGAUCCUUGUCCUACCCCGGCCAUGGAGCAAGCUAUUGCCAAGGUCACCGGCAAGACGACGCGGCGGCGCCUGGACGAAAAGGAGAAGAAGUUACACGCACCCAUGUCUGACCGCAGUGGUCUCAAGAUUGACGGCGACGCCAUCUGGAUCACGAGAGAAAAGGGAUUCACUUUCGACAGGGAUGCUGAGGAAGGUGAGAUGGGCGAGGGCGAGGAGCUCAUUGUCGGACUGCAGGGCGAGCGGAAACUCUUGGGUCAGACCGACGAGGGUGUACAGCUCUUCAAGGGAGGCGAACAAAUCAAGCAAAUCCCUGAAGAGGAGGACACCGGUAGAAAGACUCACCGACACGCACGCUUCGCUGACCGUGAUGACGAUUCUGAGGUCGAGGUCGACGACGAGGGCUUUGUAAGCGGCGAAGAGGAGGGUGAAUCCGACGUGGAGGAGGAGUUCAACGAAGGCAAGCUGGGCAAGAUGUUUAGGAAGAACGCUGAGAAGGACGCCGACGAAGACGACAUCGCCUUUGCCGACAGUGACUCUGACCUUGGCUCUUUAUCGGGGUUGGAGGACGGAGACGAAGACGAUGAGAAAAUUAACGACUCAGACUUCGACUCAGACGAAGAGGCCGCGGCCAUGAAGUGGAAGGAGAACAUGGCGGAGCGUGCGAAGAAGCUUCACGGCAAACGGCGCUCUUACCACACACCAGACCUGGCCAGGUACAUGUACGACGACUCCUUGACACCAGAGGAGGCACUACAGAAAUGGCGGGGCGAGGACCAAGAUGAGGAGGAGAACAUUGAAGCGGACGAAGAAGAUGACUUCUUCCAGAAGUCCAAGCAGGACAAAGAGGACAAGGUGGAGGACAGAUCGAUACCCCAGUAUGAUUACGAGGAUCUGGCGGCGAAGUGGUCUCAAGCAGCAAACGUCGAGGCCCUGAGGAAGCGCUUCACCACGGCGGGGCUGCGUGACGACGACGAAGACGGCGGGGAUGAGGACGACGAGGAGGGCUUCAUGAACGACAAGGCUAACGCGCGGCGCGAGGGCGGCGACCAGGAGUUCGGCGAGGACGAUUGGUACGAGGCGCAAAAGGCCGUCAUCCAGAAACAACUUGACAUCAACAAGGCCGAGUUCGAGACGCUCGACGAGAGGCAAAGGGCCGCCGUGGAGGGUUACCGGGCUGGCAAGUACGCCAAGAUCGUCCUCGAGGGCGUCCCGGCCGAAUUCGUCACCAAAUUCAACCCCCGUAACCCCGUCAUCCUCGGCGGUCUGUCGCCCACUGAAGACCGCUUCGGUUUUGUCCAGGUGCGCAUAAAGAAGCACCGCUGGCACAAGAAGAUCCUGAAGACCAACGACCCGUUGAUUUUCUCCCUUGGCUGGCGGCGGUUCCAGACACUGCCCAUCUACAGCAUUUCGGACUCGAGAACGAGGAACCGUAUGCUCAAGUAUACGCCGGAGCAUAUGCACUGCUUCGGUACCAUAUACGGCCCGCUCAUCGCGCCCAACACGGGUUUCGUGUGUUUCCAGUCCUUCUCGUCAGCAAACCCGGGCUUCCGGAUAGCGGCGACGGGCACGGUGCUCAGCGUCGACGAGUCGACCGAGAUCGUCAAGAAGCUUAAGCUCACGGGUACGGCGGACAAGAUCCACAAGAACACUGCCUUCAUCAAGGGCAUGUUCAACACAUCACUCGAGAUUGCAAAGUUCGAGGGCGCGUCCAUCAAGACGGUGUCGGGUGUGCGCGGUCAAAUCAAACGCGCACUGUCCAAGCCUGAGGGUCACUUCCGCGCCACCUUCGAGGACAAGAUCCUGUACAGCGACAUCGUGUUCCUGCGCGCGUGGUACCCGAUCAAGCCACACCGCUUUUACAACCCGGUGACGAACCUCAUCGGGUGGCAGGCGAUGCGGCUGACGGGCGAGGUGCGCCGGGCCGAGGGCAUCGAGACACCGCUGCAGAAGAACAGCCAGUACCGCAAGAUCGAGCGCGAGACGCGCCACUUCAACCCGCUGCGUGUACCCCGCGCGCUCGCUGCCGAGCUGCCCUUCAAGUCGCAGAUCGUCCAGGCGCGCAAGCAGAAGAAGGACACGUACAUGCAGAAGCGCGCCGUCGUCCUGACCAAGGAGGAGAAGACGGCCCGCAACCUGCUGCAGCAGCUGUCGACGAUCCGUAACGACAAGGUGGCCAAGCGCGCCGCCAAGAAGGAGGAAAAGCGCGUUGAGUACCGCAAGAAGCUGGCCGAAUCCGAGGAGAAGAAGGAAGCGAGGGAGAAGAAGGAGAGCAAGGAGUUUUGGCGCAAGAACGGCCGUAAGCGCCAGGCACCCGAUGAAGGGGCCGGCGGUGGCGGUCAGAAGCGCAGAAAGUAG